GGGGUCUCGGGGCGUUGCUGGGAAACAUCUGCUGAUGGUUGCGGCGGGCACCGGCCGACAUGGCGGCAGCGGUGGCGGCUGCGCUGGCGCGGCUUUUGGCGGCCUUUCUGCUCCUCGCGGCCCAGGUGGCCUGUGAGUACGGCAUGGUGCACGUGGUCUCCCAGGCCGGGGGCCCCGAAGGCAAAGACUACUGCAUCCUCUACAACCCGCAGUGGGCCCAUCUUCCGCAUGACCUCACCAAGGCAUCUUUCCUGCAGCUGCGCAACUGGACGGCCUCCCUGCUCUGCUCCGCAGCCGACCUCCCCGCCCGUGGCUUCAGCAACCAGAUCCCGCUGGUGGCGCGGGGGAACUGCACCUUCUAUGAGAAAGUGAGGCUGGCCCAGGGCAGCGGAGCACGCGGGCUGCUCAUCGUCAGCAGGGAGAGGCUGGUCCCCCCGGGGGGUAAUAAGACGCAGUAUGAUGAGAUUGGCAUUCCCGUGGCCCUGCUCAGCUACAAAGACAUGCUGGACAUCUUCAGGCGUUUCGGCCGCAUGGUGAGGGCGGCGCUGUAUGCGCCUAAGGAGCCGGUGCUGGACUACAACAUGGUCAUCAUCUUCAUCAUGGCUGUGGGCACCGUCGCCAUCGGCGGCUACUGGGCCGGGAGUCGGGACGUGAAGAAAAGGUACAUGAAGCACAAGCGCGACGAUGGGCCCGAGAAGCAGGAGGACGAGGCGGUGGACGUGACGCCGGUGAUGACCUGCGUGUUUGUGGUGAUGUGCUGCUCCAUGCUGGUGCUGCUCUACUACUUCUACGACCUCCUCGUGUACGUGGUCAUUGGGAUCUUCUGCCUGGCCUCCGCCACCGGCCUCUACAGCUGCCUGGCGCCCUGUGUGCGGCGGCUGCCCUUCGGCAAGUGCAGGAUCCCCAACAACAGCCUGCCCUACUUCCACAAGCGCCCGCAGGCCCGUAUGCUGCUCCUGGCGCUCUUCUGCGUGGCCGUCAGCGUGGUGUGGGGCGUCUUCCGCAAUGAGGACCAGUGGGCCUGGGUCCUCCAGGAUGCCCUGGGUAUCGCCUUCUGCCUCUACAUGCUGAAGACCAUCCGUCUGCCCACCUUCAAGGCCUGCACGCUGCUGCUGCUGGUGCUGUUCCUCUACGACAUCUUCUUUGUGUUCAUCACGCCCUUCCUGACCAAGAGUGGCAGCAGCAUCAUGGUGGAGGUGGCCACUGGGCCCUCGGACUCAGCCACCCGUGAGAAGCUGCCCAUGGUCCUGAAGGUGCCUAGGCUGAACUCCUCACCUCUGGCCCUGUGUGACCGGCCCUUCUCCCUCCUGGGUUUCGGAGACAUUUUGGUGCCAGGGCUGCUGGUGGCCUACUGCCACAGGUUUGACAUCCAGGUACAGUCCUCCAGGGUAUACUUCGUGGCCUGCACCAUCGCCUAUGGCGUUGGCCUCCUUGUGACAUUCAUGGCACUGGCCCUGAUGCAGCGUGGCCAGCCCGCUCUCCUCUACCUGGUGCCCUGCACGCUGGUGACGAGCUGCGCUGUGGCGCUCUGGCGCCGGGAGCUGGGCGUGUUCUGGACGGGCAGCGGCUUUGCGGUGAAUACCAGUUUGCUCUGACUGUGAAAAAUACUCGCCUAGUGAGCCCUAACUAGAGUUAAAAAAGUCCUACCUCCAUCUCCGUGGGCCCCAGCACCAGCCGACGGCCCGCAGCCUCCCAAAGACUCUGCCACGCCGCUCUCCCCGCAGCCGCCCAGCGAAGAACCAGCCACAUCCCCCUGGCCUGCUGAGCAGUCCCCAAAAUCACGCACGUCCGAGGAGAUGGGGGCUGGAGCCCCCAUGCGGGAGCCUGGGAUCCCAGCUGAACCCGAGGGCAGGGACCAGGCCCAGCCGUCCCCGGUAACCCAGCCUGGCGCCUCGGCCUAGGGGAGGGGUGAGACGCUCGCUGCCGUGCCCGCCACACCAAGAUGUUGGGGCUGCCUGGUGCCCACUGGAGACAGACAGACAGACGCCUGUUCCCCAGGACCGAGGCCUGUGCCGUCCCCACGCGCCCCAACAUGGUGCUCAUCCUUGCCGAGACCCCUGCGGUCCGUGCCCGCGCCCAGCCCAGCUGCCCCGGCUGCACGCCUGCUGCUCCAAGCUCGCCCGGCUGCCACGAGCUCUCUGCGGGUCCAUCCUCCCCACCGGGGUCCGUCCUCGCAGGCCCUGCCCGGCCUCUCUGCAGACACUCAAGCGUCGUCUGCAUGAGUGAGCAGGUGUGGGUAGACUCUGGCCGCGGCCACACUUGGUGCUCACCAGCUGCUUCGGCCUUCAGGUGACCUCCUUCCCCACGGCGUCCUGUUCUCCGGGUGGAAGAGCAGCUUUCUGUCUCCCAGAAGGCAUCGCUUUUCCCUCUUGAGCAGAUCGGAGCCCCUGGGAGGUUUGGAAGCUGCCUCCAAGCCUAGGACACGGACCGGUGGCCGGGGCGGCCUCUGGACCCUGACGCUGGCUGAGACAGGCCCGUGGGGCAGGGUUUUGGGGCGUGAACGAGGCUGGCAGUGAGUGGACAAGCUGCUCCCCUGGCUAAGGCCCUGCCCUGCCCUCAGCCAGAGGUGCCUGGCCAUGCCUGCACACUCCUCCCCAUUUUAAUAAAUGGUCACAACUUCUAGAA